GGAGUUGUAGUUCCGCAACAUCUGGAGGGCCACAGAUUGGGGACGCCUGAUCUAGGGCAUCAUCCUGCUUCGUACAGCAGCCAAGCUGAUGCCUCCAGGAAGCUCACAAGCAGGGCAGGAAGGCAAGAGUUCCACCAGUAUUGUUUGCACAAUUGCCCCCGUCCUCCAGUUUAGUAUUCUGUUGCAUCCUGCCUCUGAACCUGAUAUUUCCAGGUAGUCAUCAUAACUGAUAGCCAAUGACAGACAUGUCUACCUCCAUGAAUUUCUCUUAACCCUUUCGAAGCCAUCUGAGUUGGUGGGCCAUCUUGCCACCUCUUGCAGCAGUGAAUUCCCUAAAUCAAUUAUGUGAUGGGAACCUAUUUUCAUCUUUGGUGGACCUGCCCACCAGAGUGUUUUUUCAGACCUGUCGCAUUAGUUGCAGAGAUCUAGAUGCUUCUAUCUUAUCAAAGAGAAAUCAAAUCUGCCAUUUUCCAACCUGGAGGCUUUCCCCAAGCUGGAUUCUUUGGGACUCUCAUUGACUGACAGAUCUGCUCUGCCUCCAGAACUGCUUGGUGCCACUCAAAUAUAUGCCCCUGAGGGCUGUGUGACCCUCAAGGGCAUUUUUUUCAAGUGGCUCUGGGCACUUCCAGAGGCAGAGCAGAGCACUGGAAUUUGCUUUCCGAUGCUGCACAGCUAGGAAAACUCUUUGCAGCACAGCUGUAUCUUUCUGGGGAUUCCAUGCUGCGUUAGUGAGGACCCCAGCUCGUAUGUUUAUCACAGCUAUUAAAUGAACUUACCCUGAAAUAUGCAGCUUUUUGCUUUAAAUGUCUGGGUUAAGCACUAAUCUCACUGGAUGAUUGACCAUCUGCUAGCAUAAUAUGCAUUCUGGGGGCUGAAGGGAAUUGUGUAUUUUUAAAUUUAAUUAUUGAAAAGAUGACUUUCUGCACUAAAGGGAAGCAGGCGGUUAUCGAGACAGGCUGAUCCAUCCCAAGAGGCUGAGAAAUGAUGAAGGUUCCUCCUGUUCUGUUACUGGCUGUUGCCCUGUGGGCUAGGCAAGCUUGGUCCCUGGAAUGCUACGUCUGCAACGUCUCUACAUACAGAGGUUGUCAAGAGAUCGUGAACUGUUCAUCUACCGAACGCUUCUGCACAAGAUAUGCAGCUAUAAGCACCACAAUUGGAUACUCAAUGCUCCAAGGCUGUGCAGCCGUCUGCCCGAUCGGAAAAGCAUUUCCAGAAUUCUACACCUUGACGUGCUGCCAGGAAAACAGGUGCAACGGAGCAGGCGGUAUCCAGGGCUGCACAUCUCUGCUCGCAGCAAGCCUCUUCAUGAGCUUCACCCCAGCUUUGACUCUUACAGGACUCUGACAUGGCAAACAGAAAGGAACCUGCCCUGUGUGGAAGUCAGGAGAUUCCCCCUUGCCAUUCCUUCCAUCCAGUUUAAACCACUGUGUCAAAGGCAAUCCUCGGCCUCACUCUUGCUGUAAUUUUUCAUUUCUGGGUCAAUUCUCGAUGCUGCCUGCUUGGUCAGAGCUUUCAGGAGGAACAUGCAACGCCCUCGGCAACAGCCUGACUCACUGCAGGAGGUUCUGCUGACCACUGAAUCCGUCACGGCAGGGCUGAACAAGAAUGUCCCGCUUCCCAAAGCUCGCCACCUGAUUGCUGCCUUGCUUGGUGUGCUGGAUCCAUCAGGGGCUUGGUAUUGCAGCGAGGAUCUCCUGCCGCAGGUUCACUGGGGUCUGUUUCAUGCUGUGUAAUAUCGUCUCUGGCUCAUCCUUGCUUUUAUAGCUUUGCAGGUGCCGUAUCCACCGACAGAAAAACGAAAAAAGGGGGAAACUGGAGCACAAUUUGUAGCCUGUUGUUCUUUUCAGUGUACAAAAUGCCACAGAGUUGUGAACUGCGCGGCUAGGUUAGGGAGUCCAAGGGAGAAGCAUUUCUCAAGGCCACCGAGUGAACUUCCUGCAUGCCCAGAUAUUUGAAGAAUAAAGGAUGGAUCCCUUUGCAAUAAUUAGCAGUCCAAAAGAAAUAGUAUUAUUUCAUUGUAAUGAAUAAAAUAACACUGUAUUAUAAUAUCAAUAAAUCAUACUU